UUGACUUGGUCAGCUGGCUGUCAAGCUAUCGCCAACGCUGAUUGCCCUGGUGGUCCUUUCCAGGCCACUCACCUAAGGGUUGCUUCUAUUGACUCUGCCUUUCCUGGAUUUCAAGUUCCCUCGGCUUCUAUUUCAGCCGCGUCGCAACAGCCAUCGUUAUCUUCUCCACUCUCUGCGCCAAUACCAUCCCCUCAACCUGGGCAGCAAGUCAACUCUACCCCUUUCACACUUACCAUGCCUAAUGCUCCGCUCCAAACCACUUCCACAGUCGUUUGUAGCCAAUCAAUCGCAUCUACAGAUUCAUCUGAGCAUCCUUCCUUGUCAGAUGGGUCAACUUGUAUCUUACAAAAUGACAUCGCCUCCGUCGAGCUUAUCACCACUUCUCCUACUAUUGCUUUCACUAAUAAGCCUUUAUCCUGUUUUACUAUUCCCAUUACUAAUACUUCCGCUACUUGUGAUCCUUUUUUCACUCCCCUUUCUCAUACCAUCUCCACAAACACAUCUACUAACACAGUUUCCAUACCUCUCGUUAUGACUGAUGUCUUCGCCCCUGCUACAGCCUCUUCCGUGACCUUGGCCACAAAUACUAUACAUGGCACCGAAUUCCCCUUAGACAACCCUGAUACUAUCGUAGCUCCUCCAUCCGAAUCAACUGAGGUUUGUAUAUUUAUUCAAUGUCAUUACACACUUUUAAACUAG